AUGUUCUGUUUUGUCUCUAUACUCUUCAUUCAUUUACCUAUUCAUUAUUGUUCGAUUGUUAAACUUUAUCUUGGACCCGAUGAACAUGCACAUUUGGCUUAUUAUAAUAUUAUUUUAAAUAAAGUUAAUUCUUUCAUUGGUGCUGGAGAAUUUUCUGUUGUUGUACGUGCUUAUAUGAAGGGUAUUGGUAAUGAUGUCGCAGUAAAAUUUAUUCAUAUUAGUAAAAGAGCGGAUAACAAAGAUUUUUCACCUGGAUCACCGUAUUAUUGUUGUUAUGCAUUAAAAUCGGAAACAGGUGGACGAUUUAUAACACCCGGCUAUACCAUGGGCGCGUUCACAACAUAUCUGAUUCAUGAUCAUAUUAGCAUUAAACCAUUAAUAUAUUUUCGUAAACAAUUAGAUUGUAGUCAAAAUGGUCAAAAUCAAGUAAUAACAAAUGGUGAAAGACCACCAGUUGGUGUAUAUGGUAUCGAUUUAUCGGACAAUCUGGUAAUACAAAUACUACACCAGAAAAACAACUAUGAUUUAUUGAUACCAACAUUGUAUGCUCACAACUUCACAUCCUAUUAUGAAAUACAAAUAAUGGAAUUUCUUGAUCCAAGAAUAUGGUAUCCGAUGAAAGUUUUACUUAGUGGAAAACCAUAUAGAACUAAUACUCGGUUAGUCAUUGAACAACUUAAGCAAUCGAUGAAAAAGGUGAUGCCAGUAGAAUCCUUAAAACUGCAAUUGAAUGUUCCCGUGUUGAGGACAUCCCAACUGUCAGAGCAAAAAGACGAAAACGAAGUGCAAAAAUACAUAAAUGACGACCAAGAGCAAGAAGCAGUUGAAGCUGAGAAAAAACAAAACGAAGAGAUGUUAAAAAGAGAAAAUUUGCAGAAACAGGCGAACGAAAUGACACAUGAGCAUAAAAAAUCAAGUGAAAUGAACAAGUUUAUUCAUAUAGAACGCAGCCAACAAAUAGAACAAGAUAAUGAUGAGCAAGGUUCCUACGCAAUACAUAAGAGUAUGAGUGGACGAGUAGGACCAGCUACCCGAAGUAGAACACACAGGUCAAUUAAACGUGCUGAUACUAAAAUAAACAAUGAGCAGACAAGAAAUAUCUGGAAAAUAUUCAAACUACAAAGUGCUGAAGUUUUGGGGGCAGAACAUGUCGGUUUUCCGAACAUUGAUCUAGCUUGGACUCAUGGUGCUUAA